UAAACUGUGUAUCUACCAAAGCCUUACCUCGAAUUUCACAAACUGCAGAUUGACUGCAAAUCCUGACCUAACCUUAAACUCAGAAACUCACAGCUCACAGCAAAAGUUGAGUUUUCUAGUCUAUAAAUUCUGCCAAUAGAAUUUUCGCACGUACAACAAACACAUGGCAUCAUAGAUAAUAAGCCCUCGGCUCCAAGAUAAUCUCCAUGACUGAAAAUAUACAUACCAGUGCCAGAAGAUUCAGACAGGAUUGAAAAGUAUGCUGCCUUGGUUUGCCUUCUUCCUGAUCACUUUCAGCUCCAUUUCUGGAAUAAUUAAUUCUCUGGAUACACCCAAAAACUCUGUCAUCCUACCACCCUGCAAAGUUUGUAAAGUGUUUGUAGAAUCAUUCAAAAAGGGUUUAGAAAGAACUUCAAAAUUCAAAUUUGAGGGUGGUGACACAGCUUGGGAAGAAGAAAAAUUAGGCAGCUAUGCCACAAGUGAGAUACGUUUUGUAGAGAUCCAAGAACACCUUUGCUCUGAAGUGAAAGAUGGUAAGGACCAGUGUUACAAUCUCAUAGAAGACUAUGAAGAAAAACUAGAACAAUGGUGGCUUGGAAAACAGAAUGAGGAGCCCGACCUAUACAAGUAUUUGUGCAUAGACACCUUCACUGUGUGCUGUCCUGACUUGCACUAUGGAAAAAACUGUACCCCUUGUCCUGGUUUCCCAGACAACAUUUGCCACAGUAAUGGAAAAUGCAAGGGAUCAGGAACGCGCAAGGGAAAUGGAAAAUGUUAUUGUGAACAGGGUUAUGCAGGAGACUACUGUGACAAUUGUGCUGUGAAUUAUUAUGUUUCAUACAAAGAUGAACAAAAAUUGCUCUGUUCUCCUUGCCAUGAUUCAUGUGAUGGACCUUGUACCAAAGCUGGACCAACAGGCUGUGUUAUUUGUAAAUCUGGAUGGAUGCAAGAUAAAGAAAAAGGCUGUAUUGAUAUAAAUGAGUGUGCAGCCCCUGUGAGCCCUUGUACACCUUUGCAAUUCUGUGUUAAUAAAGAUGGGGACUACAGGUGCUUGGACUGUGAUAGGUCUUGUGCUGGUUGCACAGGGGAUGGUCCUGAUAUGUGCAAGAACUGUGCUACUGGGUACUACAGGAAGGAUAAUUUAUGCCUAGAUUCUUCAGAAGAAAAUCGCAAGAAUUUUGUCUUCUUCUCUAGGUAUUUGACAUAUCUAGGUUUGUGCAUAGCCACAUGUAUAAUCUUCAACAAAAAUAUGUAUCUGGCAGCUAUUAUUGGCUCUUGUGUAGGAGUUUACAUUACAGUAUCUGAAUACAUGCUCAAUUCAGCUCUUUUACCCAAAGAAAAUAUAGAAAGUCAAGUAGCUGAUCAAGUAAUGAGAGCAUUUGGUAAUUAGAAUCUUCUAAAAGUCAAAGUAGUACAGUUCAUUUCAAAAACAGAUUGUCAUUUCCAUUUAACAAUAAUAUAUUUCUAUUCAUACUCUCAGGUACCUACCUCACUGUAGGUUCUCUACUAGUCUAUUAUAUAAACUAUCCAGUACCUACCAACUUUAUUAUUUUGGAAAAUUUUUACAAUCAGAUUUUCGAUUUUGUUCACUUUACAUGAAAUGUAUAUGAACAGAAUAAUUAUUAUGUUUUGUAAUGUCAGUAUACAUUUAUAUGAAUAAAUUGUGAUUUUCAAACAGA